GUGGCUGGCCUGUGGAGCCGACAGCCGAUGGCGGCGGCGAGCAACAAGAGGGUUCAGUUUGGAGAUCGCGUGAUCCAGAUUGGCCAGUGGCGACUGGGUGAUGUGGAUGGGAAUCAUUUCUCCAUCUCCCAUUCAAGCCUGAAGACCCUGGUCAUCUAUCGAUCCAACAGCGCCGAUGAUCCACAUCCCGUGUUUAGCGGGCAAUUCCCAAAUUGGGGUCUCUGGGGGGGUUUGGCGCCCUCCCGGAAUCCCCCGAUGGAUCAAUCCAUGGGGGUCAGCUUUGGUGACCGCUUCGUCCAGAUCGGGAACUUCCGGCUCGGGGACGUGGAUGGCAAGCACUUCUCCGUGGCGCACGCUCAAACCGGCAAGACCCUCAUGGUCUUCCAGAGCGACGGCAACCAGGGACAUCACCCGGGCCCUCGCGAUGAUUUCACGACCCUGGGCCGACAGAUGGAGCAGUGCCAGGAGAUGGAGCCGUGA